CUCCGAGCAGGCAAGCCGAGCAACUACAGAUACGGCAUGGGCGGCGGAAGGAGAAGGCGGACAUAUAAUAAGAAGCAAGCCAAAAGAAAACGCAUGCAAAAUUUGUUAAAGCGCGUGAAUGAGGAGAAGGAAAAUUUAGUGGAGACUGAUUUAUCAGCAUUUUCUGAAGAGUGCAGUGUAGACAACGUAUUUGAUGCAGGGACUCCUGAACGCCGCAAAAGUGUGAGUGAAGCAGCUGAAUCUUCUUGUUUGUCAGAAAAAAGGAAAUUAGAUUUCUCCCCUGCAAGAAAGAUUUUCAAGAGAACUCGGACUUGUGCAACGCCAAGAAGUGAACUGAAAUGGCCCAGGAGCGGUACUCGCACACCGAAUCUAUCGUCGUGGUUAUUGGAAGCUGAACAGAUAUUUCGACCGUCAGCUGAUCAAAGUGAUGAUUUGAAGAAUAUUAGCAGCUGUAGCACUAUCAAGAAAAAAGGCACUAGGAAAGAUGAUAUUCAUUUCAGAGACGAGGGUAAAAAUUUUAUUCAUUCUACUCCAAAUAUAAGGCAAAGAACGCCAUCGCUUUCAAAGUUAGACAGAGUUGGAGCCAGUUGUGCAGACUGUUCAAAAGGGUUUUACAAAAAACGAACAAAAAGUUUGAGUUAUGGCUCAGUAAGUGAAAAUAAGAUAUCGUCUUCAAAGUCUUUGACCCAAUUAUGUUUAGACUACUCUACAACGCCAACAGCUAAACCAAAACAAAGCAUCAAAACACAGCUGAAGCUUGUUCAUCUGAUACAUCAAGGAGAUGUCAAAACAUAUGAUGCAGAAAACAUCCAAGUUGUGCAGGCUUCAAGUGCUGAUGCAGGACAGAGUGAAUCAAAUAAUGGGUUAACCUUAAUGCAGUCAGCAAGUGGAGAUGAAGCUCAGAAGACAAUUUGUUCCUAUGACCAUAUGGAACAAAUGAGUACAGUGCACAGUUCAGGCUCCAUUGAGAACAGUGUGUGUUUGUCUCAGGAGACAACAGGAAGCCCAAAAGACACCAGCAUAAAAAGUAUAAGAGAGCAUGGGAAACCAGUUAAGACAUUAGAAUGUGUUGAAGAAGUGGACACACCAGCAGAUAGUGGAAACUGUGAUAUGACAUAUCAGCAGGCCUUGCAGAGCAUACCACCUCAUGUGCAAUGUCAGCCAUUAGACUUGUGUGAGCCAUUGAAUAUUGGUGAAGCCAUCAGGAGGUACAGAACGUCAUUUACAUUGAAUUGGUCCUCGUCUUUAGCAAAGCUCAUUGAACUAUUUUCGUGGCUAGCAAAGAAAGUGUACAGUGUUUUGAAAAGGCUUGCGAGCAGAUCGUCCACAUCAGAAAGCUACUGCUGCAGUUGCUCUAAGCAUGUUUCACAGGUCGCCUUAGAAGAAAGACUCAUUCAGGUGGAGCGAGAACUGGCGACACUGCGACAGCAAUUGGCGUCAUGCCUGACUGCCAUUAGUACAGCUCCACCGCCACCUGCACCUUCACUGCCAUGUUCAACUGGUGCUCCUCCUCCUCCCCCUCCACCACCGCCACCUCCUCCCCCUCCUCCGCCUCCUCCUCCUCCUCCUCCACCACCACCACCAGGAUUACUGGCUCCCCCUGCAAAUAAACUGGGCAUUGUGAGCAAGAAGAAAGAUAACCAGCAGCAAAAGGCAGACACCCGCAUGACAAUAACUGUGGACGAUCUUCGUAAAGUGCAGCUGCGUAAGACACCGUCCGUGCUUCCAAAGAAUGAAUCAUUACGAGGCCCUGUUGUAUCUGUGGAGAUGUUGCGAUCGGUAAAGCUGCGACCCAGCCACAGUCGGCGCAAGAGCACUUGUCGUAAUUAUUCACAGACUGGAGUUGGUGUAUCGCCUUCUUCGUCCAGGGAAGGAUUUCCGUUCCAGAGGGUACUUCGGAAUGUUGAUACAAAUAUUAAGGUUUUGGACUCCUCUGGACACACAAGUGCAGAAGAUUCUUUCAGGGAAGUGAAGAAAGCUAUGCGGAGGCUGAGCACAUCAACGAAAAGUUCAGAGGAGCACUGAAAUGCAGUUUGUUUUCAUAAAGAUGCACAGUGGAAUGAACAUACCUUUUAAAACAUCUCCUACAGUAUAGGGCUAACAAGUUUUAUAUUUUUAAAGAUUAUCUGUGAUACAGUAUUUUAUAGGCAGCAUUUUUAUCUUUUAACAAUAAUUCAUAAAAAUGUAUUGUUGCAUAUGUGUACAAUAAAUUUUUU